AUGGUCAUCAACCCGACCUAUCUCGCGCAGCGGACGCGCUCCUCGGUCAACUGGAGCGAUGCGAAGACGCGAGUUUUGAGUUCCUACCGGGAUUGGCUUCGUGCGGGACCGGAGAUCCAGACCAUGUACUCGCUGAACAUGCCCGUGUCGGCCAUCCGCACAAAAAUCCGACAGGAAUUCGAACGGCACAGAUACGUCAACCAACUCAAAACGACCGACGUCCUGCUGUUCAACAGCCAUUCGGAAUUCCAGGAAACCCUCAAUUACUGGAAACAACUCACACACGUCCUGAAAUACUUCCGGGCCGACCAAACGACCGAGACACAAUUACCCAAGACUUUCAUGCAAGGCUUCAUCGAGGGCCGGAAUUAA